GGCAGCCAAGAUGGCCGCGCGCUGGAGUAGCGAGAAUGUGGUGGUGGAAUUCCGCGACUCGCAGGCAACAGCAAUGUCCGUAGACUGUCUUGGGCAGCAUGCGGUGCUUUCUGGGCGCCGCUUCCUCUACAUUGUAAACCUGGAUGCACCUGCUGAUGGCCACCGCAAGAUUUCCCGUCAGAGCAAGUGGGACAUUGGGGCCGUGCAAUGGAAUCCCCACGAGAGCCAUGCACACUUCUUUGCUGCAUCGAGCAACCAGCGUGUUGAUCUGUAUAAGUGGAAGGACGGUAAUGGGGAAAUUGGCACUUCCUUGCAAGGACACACACGUGUUAUCAGUGAUUUGGACUGGGCGGUGUUUGAGUCAGAUCUACUGGUUACCAGUUCGGUUGACACAUACAUCUACAUCUGGGACAUCAAAGACACCCGGAAGCCCACUGUCUCCCUCUCCGCUGUUGCUGGAGCCUCUCAGGUCAAGUGGAAUAAGAAGAAUGCCAACUGCUUGGCCACCAGCCAUGAUGGGAAUGUGCGCAUCUGGGACAAAAGAAAACCAAGCACUGCUAUGGAGUACCUGGCCGCGCACCUCUCUAAAAUCCACGGCCUGGAUUGGCACCCAGACAACGAAAACAUUUUGGCCACCUCCAGUCAGGACAACUCCGUCAGGUUUUGGGACUACCGACAACCCCGAAAAUACCUCAACAUUUUGGCCUGUCAAGUUCCGGUUUGGAAAGCCAGAUAUACGCCUUUUAGCAAUGGGCUGGUGACAGUGAUGGUGCCCCAGCUUCGGAGGGAGAACAGUCUCCUCCUUUGGGAUAUCUGCGAUCUCAACACACCAGUUCACACCUUCGUGGGACAUGACGAUGUUGUGCUAGAAUUCCAGUGGAGGAAACAGAAGGAAGGCUCAAAGGACUAUCAGCUGGUCACCUGGUCGCGGGAUCAGACUCUUCGGAUGUGGCGAGUGGAUUGUCAGCUGCAGCGGUUAUGCUCCAGUGACCUCCUGGAGGGGGUGGAGGAGCUGAUUGAUGGGAUUUCUCUUCUGCCUGAGGCAGACAAGGCCCUGCCAGUCCCAGAGACCGAGCCUCAACAGAACUUCACCCACGGAGAGGAGGAAAUUUUCAAAGAAGAUUCCCAGAAAAGCUUCCUGGUAGGAAAGAAGCUGGACCAACUGGGGCUGCCUCAAACCUUACAACAGGAGUUCUCUCUGAUCAAUGUGCAAAUCCGCAACGUAAAUAUGGAGAUGGACGCGGUCAAUCGGAACUGCACGGUCUCGGUACACUGCAGCAACCACAGGGUGAAGAUGUUGGUGAUGUUCCCCGCACAGUAUCCUAACAAUGCUGCCCCCUCCUUCCAGUUCGUCAACCAGACCACAAUCCCUUCCACCAUGAAGGCCAAGUUGUUGAAGAUCUUGAAGGACACUUCCAUGCAGAAAGUGAAACGUAACCAGUGCUGCCUGGAGCCGUGUCUGCGCCAGCUGGUCUCCUGCCUGGAGUCUGUUGUGGAAGACAGCUCCUCCGGUGACCCCUAUGCCCACCCGAAUUCUGUAACGCCGCCUUUGCCAACCUUCCCGAGGGUCUCCAAUGCCUACGGCUCCUAUCAGGAUUCCAAUAUUCCAUUUCCACGAACCUCUGGAGCAAGGUUCUGUGGGGCAG